UACAACCUGCAAAGUGAUUGGCAAAAUUGUUCCUCUCUGUUUAAGAAUACCCCAAGCUCGAUUCCGAGUCAGCCUUUGAGGAAAAUUGCUUAUUCCGUGCGUCCCUCUGAGGGAACGUGGCUGGAAAGCUUUCGUGUGAUCCUCGCUUGUUCCCUCGCGUGUGACCCUCGCGCAUUUAUUUUUUCUCGUAUUGUAAAAACAAAAAUCGUCUGAGUCUUCAUUAGGGCAAGAAAAUGUAACCAUCCCCAUAUCUCAUAAAAGUUCAAAUAUUUUUCGUGGUUUAAUCGACAAAGAUAUAAUUACUGGUAUUUACUCUGCAAAAACUGUCGCUCAAGUGCAAUGGUAAAAAACCAUUAAAAAAAUCGCUCGGUUACAGACAGUCGUUUACUUGUGUUCUGGAAAAUUUCAACGAGCCUCCCCUAACAAAUAUUUGGUUAUUAUCUUGUUUAUUUUCGAUUUUUAAAUUUUUUUAUAAUUAUCAUUUCUCGUGUGAAAUUGUCCUUUGGCUUAGUUGGGGUGAAACGAUGUGGUUUGAUUGCGGCCUCUUACAAUUUAACGCAGUUUAUUUUUAGAUGUGAUUUUAGAGAAGGUUAACAAGUUCAAUGAGUCUGAAGUGAGCACAAAAUUUUUAAAAUAUGGCGUAAAAAAUAGAAAACACUUAACUUCAUUGAUAAAUCACAUGGGUUUAUCGCUAAUGUCAUCAAAAAGAUGAAGCCAUGACAGACCCUGACAAGUAACGUCUGAAAUGCUCGUGUCUUCACGUCAAACUAAUUUACUCGUGGCAGACAUAUUCAGAAAUUGUUGACAGCCUUCGGAUAUAAGUAAAGAGCACCGGAAUAGAAUUUCUCGAAUAACUUCUUUGUUGCUAUAGAAACUUUUGUGUAAAGGCGACGAGUCGUGACAAAACGCUCAAUUCAUUGGUCAAAAUCUUUUCAACAUUGAAAAGGGAGCUAAUCCAAAGAGCGUUUUUUACCGUCACCUUAUUUGCCGAGAUUAUCUGGAUGGCCGAGCAAAGGAAUGCAUUUUGCAUGGGGCAUCUCACAAAGACGUGCUAGUUAAAAUUCCUGUUUUUUUUUCGAGAGACAUUCAUCUGAGCUGUUCGCUAGAACCGUAAUCAGACCGGAAAUAUCUGAAAUUUGUGUGUUUGGCGUGAUAACAACUUGCGCACCACACGAACUGGCCCAAAUUCACUCACGCUAAACUUUUCGCAAACAACUGCUACGUUUGCUCGCUGAGGCAAACGCGUUGGAAAACAAACAGUUAUACUUGGCGCUGUUGGAUUACCACCGAGCGAAUGUCGAACGCGCGCGAACGAAAGAAUAGGGGCGGCCAGAUUUUCGACGAAAACAGCAACGGAAUCAAAGAUCCGAAGUUCUUGAGUCCGAAUUCCUCGUCGAAAAGUCUCGAUGUGUCCUCUGCUUCGGACAACGAUUCUUGGGCCUCAGAAGAUUCGUACCCAGACGAGCUACCCUCACCGCCAAUCCAAUGGAAAUCGGAAAUUCCUUGGACGCCUGAUCGCCGCAGAAGUUCUAUCAAAAAACCUCAAUUUCAACUCGAUCCAGUCGCGGUUCAGCUGAACGAAUUCUACGAGAAUCGCGUGCGGAUAAGCUUGGAACGCAAGGAAAUCUGCGAAGAAAUCGCCUACAAUGCAGUGCACAAAUGUUUCCGUAAAAUCCAGAUGGUGGAUAACCGAUUUCGCGCUAAUAGCGUCGUUUCGCAGGGAAUUCCGUACGAUGGAUUACAAGCUGAAGAAGCCAUUCAGAUGGACAUGCUUGUACAAUUGUCCCCUGGAAGAAGUUCAGCCAUGUACACCGCCUACGAUGAGCGGACGGGCGGAAUGCGCGUGCAGCCGAGCUCCGAAGAUUACUCCGUCUGGGAGGACUGCAUAACAACCAAUGGCUUUUUGUCGGCUGGAAAGAUCAACUCACUGCUUAGAAAGUACGUCAAGAAAGCUGUGAAGAUUUUAAACUUUCAUAUCAAGGAGGGUCGCGCAGAUAAACUGCCGAAGAAUCUGAGUAGCAUCUCGGUCGAGAAAGGACCGGUCAUUCGAGUGAUUGUGAAUAAAGACAUUUCGGUCGACAUUUUACCAGCGUUUGUGAUUCCCGAUUCUCGUUCAGAUCCGUCUCGCAGAGAUUGUCCAUCUUCAUCGCACGUGGUUUGCAAACCGCACGUUCAAAACGAGAUGAUUUGGCGCCUAUCAUUUUAUGUGGCGGAGAAAAACCGCAUCCGAGCUCUUAGCGAGGGAUGUCGUGUACAGCUGUUACGAAUCUUGACCGAAAUUCGCGACAAUGAGGAUCAACUGAAAAAGCUUUCAUCGUAUCACGUCAAGACACUGCUGUUCCACGAAUCUGACGUUUAUCCGGACUUUCACGAGUGGAGUGCGGAAAAAAUCUCGCGCCGUUUCUUUGGCUUGUUAGAACGACUGAAAAAAGCGCUGAAAGAGGGCAACCUACCACAUUAUUUCAUGCAACCGCCAGAUUUCAAGCAAGUGAAUUUAUUCGCUGAUCUCGACGGGAAAACUUUGUCAGACAUGUUGGACGUUGUAGAAGACAUUAUGGAAAACCCAAUGGGUGUUCUUAGGACUGUGGGUCGAGAGAGAAGACAGACAAUGUGGCCUUGGGAGUUAGGCCUGUUUUUACCCGCGGGACUGACCUCCUAAAGUGGGACAGAAAUCCAUUUUUAAUGACCCUCAUGAUCACAGCUGGCUGGCGAGAAACCAAAUCAUGACACUAAUCCGCCUUAAAUCAAGAGUCAAACCAGCAUGUGUGAACCGGAUCAACUUGAUGGAAGCUACUUCAGCGAGAGUUGGGAACUUGACGAGUUCAAGAAAUCGUCAGAGGAUUAGGAAACAGUCCAGAAAUACUUGACAUUUGUCAAAAUGUUCGCGCUUGGAAGAAUUCAAACUCGUUCACCAAAAGUCAUCAAGUCACGUAGAGCGUAAAAACUAUGCAAUCAAUAGAAGUGUGUCACACAAGAAACGAGCAACAAAGUCGAUUUUCAAAGGUUUUUGUUGUCCUUUUUACGCUUCACGUUUCCAAGUUACCGCGAUUUCGAUCGAGUAUUGCAUUUCAGGAAAGUUAGCCAAGAGUCUUUCGCCUGUUUGCCAAAAGCAUUUUUGUGGGGUUAAUUUUUCUUGAAAACAGAUUGUAAAGUGUAGAAGUUUUGAAAUUUGUUUGCCGCAACAAAGAACACUUUAGCAACAUGCAUCUUCACGGGUUUUUUUUCCGGAGUGAAUCGGGGUGUAACUUCAAGAAUAAGGCUACUCUAGGUUUUCUAAUAAUGCAUUACUUUGAUGUUUUAUCAUUUUUCCUAUCAUGAAAUCCACUGAUGGAAAAAUAGCAUAAAUUCCUCGUAAUAAAUUAUUCAAAGA